UUUCUCUUCUGUUGAUCUCCAAACUCAGAGGCCGUUUCUCGACGCUAGUUCUGGCUAGCAUGGUGCUUCCCGACGGCCUUUUUGGCUUCACUAUGGCAGCGAAAAGCCAAGAUGAAGUGGCGACUGGUAGGAUUGCAUCGUUCGUACAGGCUGACGGCGCUAACUGAUUACAUGUGCACUUCUGUGGGGCUCUGCUCGUCAGCUCCUCUUCCUGUGUGUUGAUUCCUUCCUCCAUCACAUUGUCAACACACACAGAGAACCGCGGUGGCCUGGGGGCUGAAAAUCUGGGGAGAGGCAAAGCCCCUUUGGCCUUUUUUUUCUUGAAGAAGAGGAGACGAGGCGAUUGGGGGCUUUCUCUGGUGUACUGAACUUGGUAUCGCAAGCAUGGUCGUACUUGACAUACUACGUACGGACGUUAACUGGAACCAAAUCCGACGUUGUGUGAGAUGCCCUGGUCUUGAUUGAUGGGCAUCCUGAAGAACCUGGAAGACAAGGGCGUUUGAUAAAAUGGACGAGGAGCGGCGCGGUUUGUGGUUUGUGGUUGUGGUGGUUGCUGACACACUUUCCCUUUUCGAUCUUAAUCUCAAGAGGACCCCCUUCCAAGGCUCUGCUUACGAUUUACGCCUUUUUUUCACUCCUGGUUUGUUUCUUUUCCUUUUUUGAAUUGCUAUCGCCAAUUACACUCGUUCAAUUCUCUCGUUAUUUUCUUGUCUUUAUGUUUUGACGUGACUGCAAUCGCCGGGCAGGAAAUACCGCAGUGAUCAUGAAAGCCUCAUCUUCGCCAAGACAUCGAGUAUAGGCGACCAAAUACGGGCGACAUCAUUCAAAAAGAGGGAAGAGGAGAAAAGGACACAUCAUGGAUUCACGACGGCCACCGCUGAAUCCUCGAGACGAACUGCUUCAAGGCCACGGCAUCGAGCUCGCCGAACGUCCACAGUUCACUGAACAUGACACCCAGCCCGGCCUUGAGGUUGCCACCCACUCCACGCUUGAAGUGGCUCCAGGCACUGGGCCAGUUCCAAUCGGUUCGCCUGUCACAGGCUUUGAGGAUCUCAAGACAUGGGAGAAGGUAGGAAACCUAUCAUUGGGAUACGGCAAGGUGUUCGACAAUACCAACAGCCCGCCGCCACCGCCAAUACCAAACUAUGGUUUUGGGGGACCACUGCCGAUACCCGGGACGGAAAUGGUGACACCGGGGAUGCAUAGGCCGAGUAGGCCCGGAACAGCAUAUAGCAGUACGACUUCAAGAGGAGGGCCGAAUGGGAGGGGCCAAGGCAGUGUUGAUUCGGGCAACCCGUUUGUCACAGGGCCAUCGCUGCCACCUUUGCCAGGCGAGGGACUCGACGGAAGAAGGAAAAGAGAGAUGAUAUGCGGAGUCAAACGACAGUCAUUUUGGAUUAUCCUUGCGACUGGGAUAUUUCUCGCCGUGAUAGCGAUAGCAGCCGGUGUUGGUGUAGGAGUCUCGUUGGGAAACAAGAACUCCAAGGAAGCACAACCACCAACACCAUCACAAUCUACCUCACCAUCAACACCCGUUCGAACCCUCCCAGUACCCCUUUUCAACGCCUCCACCGUCACGAACCCCGAGUCUACCAACAAGAGCGAGCUAAUCCCCGCCGACAUAUCGUGCCCUGUUCAGAACCUCACUCUCUAUUCUUCGCCUAUGACCCCGUCAAAUGAUCGAAAAUUUCUACUGUUUUGUGGGAGGGAUUACAAUGUUGUUAAUGGGGCGACGGAUAUGUAUGAUGUGAGAGUUGAUACCAUGGCGGAGUGUAUAGAUUCGUGUGCCAAACAGGAAGGGUGCGUCGGUUCCGGAUGGGGGGAGCAGGGGGGGAAACAUGUCUGCUAUCUGAAGAGUCGGUUGGGGGAGCCGAAUUUGGCGGGACAUUGGAUGUUUGCGGUGGAGGAUACGGAGUUUAAUGGGGGAGGGGACUUGCCUUUGCCUGGUGGGACAUGAGAAGAUGCGAUCUUUCUAUUUUGUUAUUUUUCUGGAUACCUCGGGAGAUGGGGCGUUUGAGUGGUUUCAGGGAUGAAGGAAAACAAGGCUCGAGGGAGGUCGUGGUGUCUAGUGUUUACUCUCUUGCGGGUUGCUUGUGGUCAAAUGGAUUGGAUCGAUGGGUGAUGGGGUAUGUUCAGGAUACUAUGACAUAUGAAUUGAUACCCUUCAAACUUCUUUUUGUAUACUGUUAGGGGUGGUGACAGAUAGUAAACCGAGGUGGUCAGGAUUGUGGAGUUCUAGG